UAAUCAGGAAAUACAUUUUGUUUGAAGAAUUCAAAGAUGCACACUUGACAAUGGGAAAUGGCCUCCUCCUGACAAAUGUUUGUGCUGCUAUCCAGAGGAAAUGAAAACACCUCUGGAACGUGCUUUCGGCUUUAGGUUCAUGUUCGUAUAUCCUGUCAUCUGGAGGAAUGUGCCGUGCUAUCAAGACCAACCAGGACCUUCUCCUUGAAACGCCUUGGAUCAACAUCUUCUACGAUGACUUCUGGGGGACACUUCUCACCCACAGUGGUAGCCACAAGUCCUACCGCCCGCUCUGCACGCUCUCUUUUCGACUCAACUACGCCCUAGGUGGCAUAGAUCCCUGGGGUUACCACCUGGUCAAUGUGGUUCUACACUGCACCACGACCGCCCUGUUCUCUAGCCUCUCAAGCCUGCUGCUGGGGUCGGGUUGCUGGAGCCUGCUGGCUGGGCUUCUCUUUGCCGCUCACCCCAUCCACACCGAGGCUGUGUCGGGCAUCGUGGGCCGGGCCGACGUGGGAGCCGCCCUCUUCUUCCUCCUGGCCUUGCGCUGCUACAUACACCACUGCUCCCUGAGGACGAGCGGUGCCCAUGGAUGGAGCUGGACGUGGUUCUUGGGCACCUUGGCGUGUGCUUCCUGUAGCAUGCUGUGGAAGGAACAAGGCGUGACGGUGCUGGCCGUGGCUGGCAUGUACGACGUGUUUGUCUUCAACAGGUUGAAGCUGCAGCAGGUUCCCGCGCUCUUCCAGAAGAAGAAGAACCUGCACUUGCUGUUGAGCGUUUUUCUGCUGGGCUUCUGGGGUGUUAUCCUUUUGGCUUGCCGUCUUUACUGGAUGGGAAACAAACCUCCGAACUUCUCCAACUCGGACAACCCUGCAGCAGACUGUCCUUGUUUCCUAACUAGGACGCUAACAUUCUUUUUUCUCCCUGCAAUGAACGUUUGGCUCCUCCUGUGCCCUGACAUGCUAAGUUUUGAUUGGUCAAUGGAUGCGCUGCCUCUUGUACGGAGCCUUGCAGAUUGGCGAAACCUUCACACCGUGGCCUUCUACACCUCGCUUUUAGCGCUGGCAUGGUUCGGGCUUUGCCAUUACCCAACCAAAAGCAAGGAGACCAAUGGGAAAGCACAUCAUGUAGCAAACGGGAAGUCCACAAACGGACACAGUUGUAGCUCUGAUUAUGAACACUCAACUUUUUACUCAAACUCAGUGCAGAUGAAUGGAACAAAUGGUACUGCAAAACACUAUUCAUCAUCUUUGCCCACCACAGAGAGUUUGGUGGUCUUCUCAUUGGGUCUGCUGGCCAUUCCCUUCAUCCCUGCCACCAACCUAUUCUUCUACGUAGGCUUCGUGGUGGCGGAGCGAGUACUGUACAUCCCUAGUAUGGGCUUCUGCCUGUUGGUAGCAGUGGGGAUGAGAGCUUUAUAUGUCAGAUUGAGGAGGAAGUCCUCCAGAACUUUGGUACUAGGCUGCUCAGCAGCCCUGGUCCUUCUUUUUGGGAUUAAGACCGUGUUGAGGAACCAUGACUGGCAGAAUGAGGAGAUGCUAUACAAGUCAGGGAUAUCUGUGAACCCUGCUAAAGCUUGGGGUAACUUGGGAAACGUUCUCAAGAACCAGGGAGAGGUGGUGGAGGCCGAGCGAGCCUACAGGAACGCUCUGUACUACCGGAGGAACAUGGCUGACAUGUUGUAUAACCUGGGUCUGUUGCUCCAGGAAAACAACAGAUUCUCAGAGGCCCUCCACUACUAUAAGCUGGCCAUUGGGAGCAGGCCAACGCUGGCUUCCGCCUACUUGAACACAGGGAUUGUCCUGAUGAACCAGGGCCGUCUAGAAGAGGCCAAGCGCACUUUUGUCACUUGUGCCGAUAUCCCAGAUGAAAACCUGAAGGAUCCUCAUGCACAUAAGAGCUCAGUCACCAGCUGCCUGUAUAACCUGGGAAAGCUUCUUCAUGAGCAGGGCCACCAGGAGGAGGCCAUAUCUGUAUAUAAAGAAGCGAUACAGAAGAUGCCCAGGCAGUUUGCCCCACAGAGCCUUUAUAAUAUGAUGGGAGAGGCCUACAUGAGGCUGAACAAACUGACAGAGGCAGAACACUGGUAUAAGGAAUCCCUUCGAGCCAAACCAGACCAUAUACCUGCACACCUCACUUACGGCAAGCUCCUGGCAAUGACGGGUCAGAAAACGGAAGCGGAGAAGUUCUUUCUCAAGGCGAUCGAGCUCGAUCCCACUAAAGGGAACUGCUAUAUGCAUUAUGGUCAGUUUUUGCUGGAGGAGUCGCGGCUUUUGAAGGCCGCUGAAAUGGCAGAGAAAGCCGCCCAGUUGGACAGUGAAGAAUUUGAUGUGGUUUUCAGUGCAGCUCACAUGCUCAGCUUGUGGUCCAACUCAUUUGAAGAUCAGGUUCCUAGUGUGUUUGUCUUGGAAGGACUUGCAGAAGGGUCUCGGGUGGGGGGUGAAUUUGAGUGGGGUGGGGAAGUGCGAGGCCGCUUCAGAUGUGCGGCUCUCAGGGGCCCGUCUGCACCGACACCGAUGUUUGCUUCCUUACUAUCAGUUUCCUUGCCCUCUUCAAACAAGCAGUGGUUAUUCGAAACCCCGGCCAAACCGUGUCACUGCCACACGAAAUUUGGUGUUUCUCUUCCACAGUAUCCCGCAGCCCUCAUGAACCUCGGAGCCAUUCUCCAUCUCAACGGCAAACUCCAAGAAGCGGAGGCCAAUUAUCUGCGAGCCUUGCAGCUGAAGCCGGACGACACCAUCACUCAGUCCAACUUGCGGAAGCUGUGGAACAUCAUGGAAAAACAGGGCUUGAGGACCAUGGCUCCUUGACUUGGACAUAUUUGAUGGAGCACCUUCACUGAGGUUGUAAAGGAGAUGUUCUCUCGGAGCUCUCACUAAUGAGGUAAUCAGCAUCCUAGGGCUUCAAUCCUGGGUUACCUCAUGGGACAUUUGAACAUAUGAGAGCAACUACGUCUGGUAAAACCAACAAUCUAGAACUGUGGAGCUCCCCAGACAUGUCGGGAGUUGUUAACUUGAAGUGGCCCAUAGAUACAUACUUGAAGUCUCAUGAUCAAUUAGAUUUUAAUUAGUUAGUCAAUGCUUAAUAGUCUUGAAGGGCAAUAUUUGCCCUGAGGCUGUAUGAAAUUGAGAAGGAAUGAGAGUGCUACAACCCCCAUGAGGCUAUACUCUGCAUGUACAGUACAUUUCUUCAUUCAUAUGAUUGGAAUCAUUAAUAUUUAAUGAGCACGUCAUGGCUGAUGGAAAUGCGGAAAAAAUAAUAUCAUCAAAACAUCAUCAAAAUAAUGAGAUAAAUAGACCAAACAUGUCAUAAACGUUUCUCACUGUAAAAAAAACAAGCAUUCGUUGUGUCAAAAUGAUCGAUUUGUGAGGUUGUAGACUUAAUGACACUGUACAUAGUAGCACGGAUGAUAUGUGAAGUUUGCGGAAUUUUUUGCGAAUGCAUUUGCACGUUCCAUCAACGUUCCAUCGAUCCAGACACGCCUGCCCACGACACUAGAUAACUUCUGGGUUCAAGAAAUUGGAUCCAUUUGAUUAAUCUGGCCAAAAAUGACAGGAAAACAGGAAAGGGACAUUCGAUAAGCUAUAUAGCCUGAAGGAAAUGUUAGAAAUUUAGCUCGCAAGCUCUCUUUGCCUUACUUUGCGAAAAAAUCUGUUCUGUAACAGAAGGAUCCAGUGGGUUUUAUUUACUUGUUGCAUUACUAAUAUAAGAUGGGGAUGGAAAAUGUUCACUUGUUAUAAAAUCACAUUCAGCAGUGUGUUAAUUCACAAUUACACUACCGUUCAAAAGUUUGGGAUCAGUAAGAUUUU